AUGGUACAUAGGGAACAAACGUUGCAACUACCCCACGCCUACCUGCACCUGCACUUACCAGCAGACAUGGAACCUUCAUAUGCUCCAUUGUGUGCCCAACAGCACCUGGAAGACAACAAGAUCCAUGUUCUCCUUGCGGCCAGUGGGUCAGUGGCAACGAUAAAACUUCCCAAUAUUGCUGAAGCUCUUGGUCGCCAUUCGAACGUCUCCAUCCGCAUUAUUGUCACAAAAUCAGCGGAAAAGUUCCUAGCAGGGCAGAGUUCGGAACAGCCGUUACUCGAAAAUCUGCGACAGAUCCGUGGCGUGGAUGCUAUCUACCGGGAUGAUGAUGAAUGGAAAAAUCCCUGGACCCGUGGCGAGCCAAUCCUACAUAUAGAGCUCAGAAAGUGGGCACAUGUCUUGCUUGUCGCUCCUUUAUCCGCCAACACCAUGGCAAAGAUGACGAUGGGCUUCGCUGAUAACCUUCUUCUUUCCGUUCUAAGAGCAUGGGAUACAACAGGAACAGUGGACGCGAGUUUCAAGGACAAAAAGCCACUUGUGUUUGUCGCACCCGCAAUGAACACAGCAAUGUGGAACCAUCCAAUUACAGCAAAGCAAUUGGCUAUACUGAUAGAUGAAUGGGGAUUGGAUGCUUGCAAUAACAAGGGCUGGGUGUCUGUCCUUCAUCCGACGGAAAAGUCUCUCGCUUGCGGUGACACUGGCAAUGGAGCCAUGCUGGACUGGAAUGUCAUUGUCCGUAUUGUGGAGCAGUACAUAGGUGUUAACGAGGGUGAUUGGCUGAUGGAACAAGUUGAGUAA